AUGAUUAUCGGAAUAGCAAGAGGCAAAUCCUUCAAUACCACCUUUAUGUGUUUAAUAAUAUUCACCCUUUGCAUCUUGCUAUCAUCCAAUCCAACAGCCUAAGUAUAAGCUUAAAUGUAUAGUAUAUGUCAUCCAAAUCAAGAAUUGGGAGCUGGGAGACCAAUGGAUUUAGUUUUCAACAAACCUAGCAUCAAGAAUGCCCUUUCGGAUACCUGGAUAUUCCUCAAGAAACCUAGUUGGAAAAAUCUCAAAGCAGCUAUGCUUAACAACUACUGGUAUUUCAUAUCACCUUUUAUUGCUGGAAUCAUGGGUCCUAACUCCCUCUGUGAAUUCGAGAAUAAUGAGCUGUACUAUAGAUUAAGUCAAAAAGACCAAGAUGAUGUGUAUGUCUAAUUAAUGACUAUUGAAAAGAAUAAUUGGGACUUUUUCUAUGGAGUAAAUGGAGCAGACAAUGCAGGAUAUUGA